AGAGGAGUAAGAUAGCGUCGGUUUAUUGUCUUUCUACGCUAUUCGGUUCCCUUUUGGCUUUGUGUUUCCGUUUCGGCUUCCUCUUUGCGCUCCAUCGUUUGUUUCAGAGCAACACGUGUUAGGCAAUAAUUGCUGUUAAAGAGAAUUCUACGUUAUCUGCCGGUCGGUGCGUCGUCUCGUCGUUCUUGUGUUGCCAACGCUCUCCAAAGUCGGAGACCGCCGCCGGAGCAAAGUACACGUCACCGUCAUAGCAGCACUGGAUGAGCAGCGCGGCCUCUCGCUUGGGGAUUGCUGCUGAGCGCCAAAGAACAUCACGCGACAGUACGCUAAAAAGCGAGCCCGAAUCUAGCGGCUCCUCAGUGUGAAUCAUAGCCCCGCCGACCGCCGACGGGACACAACAGCUGCUUCGCUCCGCUCGCAUCGAAUCGAAUCCGCGAGUCCGCCAUGGGGUACGACGAGGCUAUCAUCAAGUUGGGCGACUUUGGGCGCUACCAGAAGAUCAUCUAUUUCCUCAUCUGCCUCACGUCCAUUCCGGUGGCCUUCCAUAAGCUGGCUGGCGUCUUUCUCCUGGCAAAGCCCGACUUCCGCUGCGCCCUGCCCUUCGAGGACGAUUCACCGGGCAAUGGCUCCCAAUACGAGCUGCCGCACCACCUGUGGAACAUCUCCUAUCCCCCCGGCGAGGUGUGUGAGUAUUACGAUGUGACGUACAGCGAGGAGUACCUGAACGGGAGCCUGGUCAGGACCACAAACGACACGCGGAGCUGCGACCGAUAUGUGUACGACCAGAGCAAGUACCUCAACAGCGCCGUGACCGAGUGGAAUCUCGUCUGCGGACGCGGCUUCCUGGCUGCCACCAGUGACUCCCUCUUCAUGCUGGGCGUCCUCGUGGGCAGCAUCAUCUUUGGCCAGCUGAGCGACAAGUACGGACGCAAGCCGAUCCUCUUCGCCUCGCUCGUUAUCCAGGUGGUGUUUGGAGUCCUGGCCGGAUUGGCUCCGGAAUACUUUACCUACACCAUGGCUCGGGUGAUUGUGGGUGCCACCACAUCGGGCGUGUUCCUUGUGGCCUAUGUGAUUGCCAUGGAGAUGGUGGGUCCUGCCAAGCGGCUCUACGCAGGAAUCUUUGUGAUGAUGUUCUUCUCCGUGGGCUUCAUGCUGACGGCGGCCUUUGCCUACUUCAUCCACGACUGGCGCUGGCUGCAGAUUGCCCUCACGCUGCCAGGACUAAUAUUCAUGUGCUACUAUUGGAUCAUUCCGGAGUCCGCCCGCUGGCUGCUUUCGAAGGGCCGCAAGGAGUGCGCCAUCGCCAAUAUGCAGAAGGCGGCGCGAUUCAAUCGUGUGGACAUCACGAACGAGGCUUUGAGUGCGCUCCUGGACGAGGGGGAGGGUUCGGCGGACAAGCAGAAGGAGCUGGAUCAGGUGAAGGAGAAGGAGCCGCUGCCGUCCGUGUGGGAUCUGUUCUGCUACCCGAACCUGCGCCGCAAGACGCUGCUUAUCUUCCUCGACUGGCUGGUGACCAGCGGCGUCUACUACGGUCUCUCGUGGAACACGAACAACCUUGGCGGGAAUGUGCUACUCAACUUUGUCAUCUCUGGCGCCGUCGAGAUUCCAGCCUACAUUUUUCUGCUGCUCACGCUCAACAGGUGGGGCCGGCGCUCCAUCCUCUGCGGCUGCCUGGUGGUGGCGGGACUCAGCCUGUUGCUCACCGUCGUCAUUCCCCAGGAGCGGAAUGGCCUCAUUGUCACAUGCGCAAUGAUGGGCAAGCUGGCCAUCACCGCAUCCUACGGCACUGUGUACAUCUUCUCUGCGGAGCAGUUCCCCACGGUGGUGCGAAAUGUGGCCUUGGGCGCCGCCUCGAUGGUGGCCCGGAUGGGCGGAAUGUUGGCCCCCUACCUCACCUUCCUGGCCAGCGUCUGGCGACCCCUGCCGCUGCUCAUCUGUGGCGUGCUCUCUCUGGCAGCCGGCCUGCUCUCUCUGCUGCUGCCCGAGACCCACAACAAGCCGAUGCUGGAGACGAUUGCCGACGGAGAGCGUUUCGGCAAGAAGACCAAGGGAGACGUCUACUUGGAGGCGGGCCGCGAGCUGCGAGAGACGCUGGAGACGCAGCCCCUCAAUGGAUCGCUGGAGAAUGGCCACAAGGUCUAGGAGUACUUUGACAUAUGGUCAUUUUUCGAUAGCAGAAGACGAAUAGAGCAAGUAUUAUAUCAUUUCAGAAAUCUCACACGCAAACCAAAACAGAAAACACAAAAAAAUACGAACGAAAGUAUAGGACCAAAUAGAUAAUUUUCUAUGAUAGCAUUUAGCCAGGGAGCAGCGGUCUAGGGGGGUUGAUUCCAUGGGUUAAGGGUGGUUCAGCAGGGAACUCGCCUCUUCAUAUGCCGCUGUGUAAUUUAUGCCUAAUAUAAGUAUACCUACAUUUCCAUGUACUCCGUGAAAUCGAUUUUGAAAUAAAGCUGUUGUACUUUUCCUAUAGCAAUACCAAA